AUGAGAAGUUGGCGAGGUCAUGUGGAUAGUGUCACUGGUCUUGAGUAUAUCGAACAAGCUCAAGUGAUCAUCACUUCUUCUCUUGAUUGGACCAUUCGAUUGUGGAAUUUGCAUGGCUUCUUCAUUGGUACAUUUGGUCAAUCGGUUCCAUGGAAUUUGUAUGAUCCUGCUACAUAUCAACAUCCGUCAGUUCCGCUCGAUGUUCUCACUGAUCCAAAAAGUCUACCGAAAAAGACACUUCCGAAUGACGGAGAAGAAGAAGAGGAGGAGGAGGAAAAGAAAAAGACAACAGCAGUGACAUCGACAACAACUAACACGUAUAAAAAUAUGCUGAUUGAUGAUGAGACAAUGGCGAAUAAUGUUCGUGAAACACUGAACAAAGUGCGUGAAGUUCAAUCAGCUGGUUUAGCUGGUAAAAGACUUCGAUAUUUUCAUGAUAAACCGAACGUUUCAUUUCGUCGUGAUGGUUCGAGUCAUUAUCAACAUUUGCGUUGUUAUACGAUUGAUGACAAUCCACCAACAAUGUCAACGUCAACAAACGACAACACGAUGUAUUUGGCUAACUCAGUCAAGUCAUAG